AAUCAAUGACGUCUAGAAAAUUCUGUCUACUUUUGACAAGUUGUAUCUUCAUUUUUCAUUUCAUAUAAAUUCGACCGGCGUGCUGCGCGCAUUACUUGUAUUUCGCUUGUGAUUAGGCGCUCAAAGCGUUCUUUGCUUAAUUUAACUUCUAUAAAAAUACACACCAAUCAUGACUGUAGACGAAGGAGUAGACAUCAGCAAGGCGGGCGACCGCGGUGUUCUGAAGAGGAUAAUUCAGGAGGGCCAAGGCACCGAUACACCCAACGCGGGUUGUCAGGUCACUGUCCACUAUACCGGGACUCUUCUAGACGGCACCAAGUUCGAUUCCAGCAAGGACAGAAACGAGCCCUUUGAGUUCCAGCUGGGAAAAGGACAAGUAAUAAAAGCAUGGGACAUAGGAGUAGCCACAAUGAAGAAGGGAGAAGUGUGUGUGCUGACCUGCGCUCCGGAGUAUGCUUACGGAGCCGCUGGCAGCCCUCCCAAGAUCCCACCUAAUGCCACUUUGCAAUUUGAGAUUGAAAUGAUUGACUGGAAAGUGGAGGACCUGAGCCCCAACAAGAACAAGGGUAUCCUGCGCCACAUCAUCGAACAGGGUGAAGGCUUCGACAACCCUAAUGAUGGAGCCCUAGUCACAGUGGAGCUCGAAGGCAAGAUCCUCCCCGACGGCAAGGUGUUCGACACACGCACGCUCACGUUCCCGCUGGGAGAGGGCGCCGACAGCAACGUCUGCGAGGGCGUCGAGCGCGCGUUGGAGAAGUUCCUGAAGGGGGAGAAGUCCAGGCUCACCAUACAGCCUAAAUACGCCUUCAAGUCCGAAGGCAACACUGAACUAGGCGUGCCAGCCAACACCGCCGUAGAAUACGUCGUUAAGCUGACCAACUUCGAGAAAGCCAAGGAAUCCUGGUCCAUGGACGGGCCUGAGAAGCUUGAGCAAGCCAGGAUUUACAAAGAAAAAGGCACCAAUUACUUCAAGGCAGGGAAGCAUCAGCUGGCUAUCAAGAUGUACAAGAGGGUGGUGUCAUUGCUUGAUGACGUCCCCGAAGACAGCAGCGUAGACGACAAAGGGAAGGAGCAAGCCAGGGAGCUGCUGCUGUCGGGGCACCUGAACCUGGCGCUGGCGCACCUGAAGCUGUCCCCGCCGCAGCCGCUCGGCGCCCGCGACCACGCCUCCAGGGCGCUGGCCUUCGACGCCAACAAUGUCAAGGGGCUGUUCCGGAGGGGGCAGGCGCUGCUGGGGCUGGGCGAGGCGGAGCAGGCGCUGCAAGACUUCCAGAAAGUUGUGGCAGCCGAGCCGCAGAACAAGGCUGCCGCCAACCAGAUAGUGGUGUGCAAACAGGCGAUACAGAAGCAGAAACAGAAAGAGAAGAAGCUGUACGCCAACAUGUUCGACAAGUUCGCCAAGCACGACACGGAGCUGGAGAAGAUAAGAGCUAAGGCGGAGGUGGACGUGAUCGGCGCGGCGGUGGGCGAGUGGGGCGCGGCGGAGGGCGCCGGGCAGGGCGCGGCGCAGGGCGAGUGGACCGACGCGCAGCGCACGCGCGCGCCCACCGGCUUCGAGCGCGAGAACCCCAACAUACUCAUGCUCGACAAGGACGGCCAGUUCCAGAACAUGUAGACUCGCAUCUGGGGCAGCGGGGUCACACGAGGGUUGCAAUACUUCCUGAAUGCUCCGGAACUAUGCCUACAAAAAAUAUAACCUGUUUUGACAGAUGGCGCUUUGGGCGCAUUUUGUUUUAUGGUAAUUUAAAUUUUUAAGCGCUUACUUUUCUUUAUCUAGUUCCUGCAUGAUUUGCAGUGACACCACACUACUAUGUGGUCACAAUAUUUUUUUUACGCGUCUUAAUUUUGUUCAUUGUUUGGUUGAACUAAAACUAUGGCUUUGUUGACGGCUAAAUUGUAUUUAUCAAGGAAAUUACAACAGCCGUUGCGACAAAUGUCUAUGACCGUCCAAAAAUAACAUAAGACAUAGAGAAACCUGAUUUUUUACUCUACCGAACUAAAUUUUCUUUUUUAAUUGCAAGGAGCAUUCCACUAUAAAAAAAAUCUACGUGUGACCCAUUUAAUAUUAUAAGUCCAAUACCCAUUUGAUGUGAUAUGACUAUAUAACCGAUUGGUGACUCUAUCUUGUAAUUCUCAGCCAUAAGAGCACCGAGAGUGGAUCUCCAAUCACCAAUAAUAUUUCUCACAAUUUUUCUUAACCUCCUAUUAUCUAGUAUAAUAGUUUUAAAAGCAACCUUGGAUAUAUGCUAAUAAAACUCACUUUUCCAAACUAGCUAAUAGAUGGCUAAGAGGCUAAUAUCUUCUCUUUAAGUUCUUUUUAAGUAUAGCAUCAAGCCCGUCACAGACGUUACUAUAAUAUAUAUUUCAUAUUCUAAAAUAUAUAUUAUAGCUACGUCUGUGACGCGCUUCACCGUUUGCCACGAGCAUGAGCGAAGAAAUAACAGAUUCAGGUACCACUAGCGACAUCUGUUGUCUAUCUAUAGGAUUAUAUUACUGUAGUUCCGCCGUUCGUCACUAGAUGGCGCAAGUAGUACCUUGAUUUUAACCCUCCGAGUCUGCGACAGAAAUUCGCAAUUUCAUAUAAAAUGUAUGAAAAGACCAAUCGCUGGGUGUUAAAUGUUUUUGGUAUUUAAAAGUCCUAUUAUUAAAAAAAAAACUGAAAAACCAAAAUUAUUGUCAAGGGCGGUAACAUAAUAAAAUUGAAAUUUAAAAGACCGUUACCUUUCGCAUAUGUAACAAAUAUCUUUUAUAUUUUGCCGCCCUAAGGCGACUGACACACUAAUACCGUAAUCUGCUGCGGGCAGAGAUCGACGAUUAAGACGACGCGCAGUGUGUGAAUCGCCUAAAUCUUUAAUAAAAAUGUGCUUGUUAUUUCCCAAUCUCAUGUUUUGAUCUGUGCAUCAAAAGGAUUUAAGUUACAUUUGUGUACUAUAAUAAAAUAGGUGUCCUUAAUCAGUAUGGAUCAUUCCUGAGUGUCGCUGUGUUCCACUCGCUAGGGUAUGGGUGUUCUAACUAGGUCUCAUCCAUUGGCUACGUAACGCGAAAGAUUGGAUGUCGCAUGUCUUGCUUUUCCAGUUGGGAGUCACUAGGGAGGCAGAAUUAGUACAAAUUACUCUCGUCUCCUGUACUGUGAUAAGUCGAGAACGCGCGUGCGAGCUUCGUUACAUUGCCGACUACUAAAGUACAGACAAUUCAAUCGAUCAGUCAAAUACCGCAAUGUAAACAAACACGGUCGAAAUAAGCCCCAACAGCCCCGGCAAGUUCGGCCGAUUUUCACCUUCCCAUAAAAACGGAGUUUCGUUCUCAUUUUAAAUCUACGUGUUGCAUUGUAAUGAAACUUUGCACAUACAAUGACAUGAGGUAUAUCUAGGGCUGUAAUUAGUUUAUAUUGCCCCACCUUAUAAAACAAACUGAAUAGAACAAAAAUAAAUUUUGUACGAAAAUCUUAAAUUCGCUGUAUUUUUGAACUAUGGCACAAAAUAAAAAAUAGACAGAAGGUCCGUUCCCGCCGUUCUUGAAAAUACAUACCUAAACUUGGCCGACUCACUAGGGUUGCUUCUGUAUUAAUUUCGAAUUUUAAAAAGGAGUAAGUAAUAUAAGUUUACAGACAUACAUCGAUUCGUUUAUAUGUACAUCUUAUCAUGUUUACAUUCCUUAGAGACUGCAUUUUGACGUACAUGACAGUAGAUACCUACGUAGCGCCGGGGACGUCAAGUAAGCAACGCGCGCACAGCCCGACUAAGCUCUGCCCGAGAGUGCCCGAGAACGCCUGUAAAUGUAACUGUAAAUGUCACGUCUGUGUGCGUGCGGCGAAACGGCACUUUGGCGCGUUGUACUGAGCGGACUCUGCUCCGGCGCGCGCCGCCGCUAUUUACUUUGUGACCAAGGUCUUAAGCAGACUUAUGUACUUAUCAGAUUAUUGCGUAGCCAAUGGACGGAGGCCCUUGUAAACCUGUCAUAGGGGUUUAAUUGUACCAUUGUACAUUGCUAAUUAUAUAUUUUCGUGGAUCGAAUUUACGUUAAUAAAGUGUUAAAUAAGAUAAUUGUGUUUCCGUAUUUACUUUUAGUGUAUUUAAUGCAUUUUUAAAUUCUAUCCCUCUAUAUCAAGUUAGUGUUGUUGACGUUGGCUGUUCCUAACCCAUGACGUUGUCGUGUCGUUUUCGACCCUUUGGAAAAAACUCUCUUACUCAUUCUAUUUAAAACAAGGAGACAGCCUGUUUCUGUGGAUAUAUAUAGACUCAUUAGCAGUCUCGCCAAGAUAAUAAACUAUAAGAACAUUUUGAUUGUGAAUGCGUUCGCUCAUAAUAAUAAUUUCAACGCAAUAGGCGACAGAUUAAGACUACGAAUAGAGUCACGCAUAGAAUCCAAUUCUCUUUGCGCACAUUAAAAUCUUUGUCACAUUUCUAUUCAUCUAUCAUUCUGGGGAAUGCGUAAUGGUUAUUGAAAUCUUAAGAGUGCUCAUAGAUGCUGCUUUGUUAGUGCUCAGUUUCCCAAUUCCCCGCUAGAUGUCGCUGUACCGGCGCCUUAGUAAGGCUACAUCGCGGUGUUAAGAUUUUUCCUGAUUCAAUGGCGUCUCUCUGUUAACUUAUUGCAGUUAUCGCUUCUCGGCCUUUUGGCUAAGAUCAAAGUGUAGUAUCUGUUCUUUUCAGCUUAAUAUCUGAAAGUUCCCUCACUGAGGGACCAGUAUAUUAAACUGAUUUUUGUAAACCGACGGGAUGUUCGGGGCUCGCUCCACUCCCGUCACGGGUCGGCCCGGCAUUGCAGUGCCGCCGGGAUUGGCCCACA